ACAAUGCAAUUGCAGCACGAAGUUAUUCAUACAUUCGUUGCGGGGAAAAGUAAUUGGGGUGAGUUGGGAUGGAGCUUUCCAGAAACGUCAUUAAUUAGCAUCUGUUCCCCGCUUCAAAUUCUCGAGACGUCACCCUCAGCCAACGGUGCUUCCCUACGUACUCUUAGCACCGUUACACCCCUUUCUCGCUGCACAUCGUCACGGACCGCCGCAUUUCUCCGAUUUCGAAGGGCCCUGUAAAGGAAUAUAUUCCUGGUCCUAGGGUCCUAGUCGGACGUCUGGGUAUCCUUAUCGGGACGCUGUCGACUGUCCUGCCGUUCCCGCCGCCAUGACGAGAUACAAGAGCACCCCACUAUACGGAGGCGCCAUCGUCUGCGACCUCCCGACCAACUUCGCGGACGUAAGCAAACUGAGGCAAGUCCCCGACAACCAGGAGGUCUACAUCGAUCAAGAUGGCUUCACCAGCAUCAUCUUUGACAUCACCGAGCGCAUAGGGCCAGCUGGCACAGGCCCUGAAAUCGAUGGCCGCGCACUGACGACACACCUGGAGGACCUAGUUGGGUCCGACAUUGACACCGUCAAGGUGUGGAACACCACUGAAACUGUUUUCUCCCGCUUAGGAGACGAAGUUCCGGCAUACACUCUCAUCGCGACCCAAACGCCGCGGCCGGCGCCUGGAGAGCGAACCUCUUCCCCCGAUUUCACCGCCAUCAUUUUGACUCUCCUUCGAUUAGAGAACGUGUCGUCGGAUAUUCUGAUUACCAUCAACGUGCCGCACAUCAAGGGCGAAUAUGACGAAGACGAUGUUGAUCUGCAACUAGGUAAACAGGGCCAACUGAUUGGCGAUGCUGUUGACUAUGCCGCGAGGAUUUGGGAAACAUUCAAGGUUAAGGACUGGGCUCUUUUCGGCGAGACCUGAGUGACUUGGGAACAACACAUGCGAUUCGGCGUUGGAGUGUCGGGACUCAAAGCAACCCACAGCAGUGGACAGGGACAGCACCUUUCGAUUACGAGUCCUCCAAGGAGU